AUGAAAACAGAAGCCUUGCCCAGUCCUGACGCUGAAUUAAACAGGGCUGCUGACACUCUACUGGCUAUGCACCGACAAGUGUGCAGUCGUGUGGAUCCUCCGGGUGUGUCCGGGUAUUCCCGAUCUGACGUCCCCACUCAUAGGAGUGUUUCUUUCAUCAACGCGUUCUACAACCCGAACAUGAUUUCAAUGAGAACCCCGCUUGUCAUCACAGCCGAGCGUGUGGCAACAAUGAAAGAUGUGAUGCAGGACUGGCGACGGCAUUUUGUGUUGUUUGCCGACUGGUUACAUGCUUUGCCGGAGUUCGCAUCGCUUAGCGUCGACGAUCAAAUUUUGAUAGCCAAAAGCCGGUUCAAUCCAUUUUAUUGGUGGUUGUGCGCAAACUGGACGAAUGAGGCUUGCUGUGAUGGCGUUUGUUACGCAAAUGGCACAUACUUCCCGCGAUCAGAAGCCCUUCAAUGUUUUCCCGACGUACGAGGAUGUUGUGAAAGAAUGGUGCUGACACUGUCCGAACCUCUUCGCGAAUUGCAACUCGAUGAAACCGAGAAAUGCCUAAUGCUUGCAGUGAUCGUGUUCAGUGAUGAACCUCUCGAAUUGUCGAUGUCUGGCAAGGAGCAUGUGUUAACUAUGAGACAUCGUUUCGUGCGAAUGCUUCACCAUCAUAUUCGAAAUCGAGAACCUGGUCUGCCUAACUCGGCGAUAGCGUUACGCAUAGCGAAAAUCACGAUCCUGGUCACAGCUACGACGAAUUUGGUGUAUAUGACCAGUGACAACAUACAGCUGAAUGAUGUCUUACAUAUUGUCGAUUAUGGAUCGUGGCCUGAUGACUUCAUGAAGAAUAGUUUCAAGGACCCAGGACUU